AUGCUUGAAGAAAUUAGAAUGGCAAAUGUUAAUGAAAAUAUCAUUAACAAGAUACAACAAAAAAUUAAUAAUUAUAAUUUUACUGAUAAAGUAUUAGAAACUGAUUACAUUGUAGGAUACAGAAAUAUGGGAUCAAAUAUUAAUAAUAUUGUUGGAAAUUAUCUUCUAUCAGCUAAUGAAAAUGAAAGUCCUUAUGAAUCAGUAGCAAUUGAUUAUAUGGGUAAUGCUCAGAUAACACUUACUAAAACAGAUAAACUAUUUUGUCACUAUACAAACUUUCCAACAAAAAUAAUUCUUAAAGAAG